AUGUUUGGCCCCAUCAGUGACGAACUCUGCCAACUGAUUCUAACAAUAAACUUUGCCUCCAUCUGUCCCGUCCUGUCCUUGAUUGGUCUCAGUGGAAACAUCAUCAACAUCAUUGUCUUCAUGACACAAGGUUUCCACGACACGGUCAACAUUAGCCUUUUGGCUUUGGCCGUCAGUGACAUGGGGAUGCAGAUGAGCGUUCUCAUCAUCGCUGUCCUCAAUAAUCCCAUUCUACUCAGUGCAGACAUUUUAAUUGAGCCGAAAGAAUUCCUUAGCUCAGUGGCUGCCUGGCCCAUCGCCUCCUUCAGCAAGAUCACCAGCUGGAUAACGGCGUACAUCACAUUCGAAAGAUGUCUGUGCGUUGUGGCCCCAUUGAGAGUCAAGAGAUUGGUCACUCCUAAAAUCGUAGUUUUCAUAAUGGUUUCAAUCUACGUCAUGAUGUUUGCAACCCUCAUACCUGAGUACAUGACCUUCUAUUUAGACUGGAAAUAUUUUCCCGACAGAAACAAAACUCUGAUUGGUAUCGUGCCGAGAAAGCACACUGAGGCUGCAAGGGGGAUAACUUUCACAAUUACCACUUUUAGUCAAUUCCUUUCAUUUUCCUUAAUUAUAAUUUUUACGGUCAUUCUUAUUGCAGAGUUACGACAUAAAUCAAAAUGGCGCGCUGAAACCACUUCCGGAGCAGACCGAGCGUUGAAAAACAUGGAUAAGAAAGAAUCCAAGACAAUUAAAAUGAUAACGGCUAUCGCAGUCAUAUACAUCUCUUGUUAUUCUCCAGCCAUCAUUGACUUGCUCAUUGCUGUCACAGUUCCAGAAUUUUACAUCGUCGGACUUUACAAGAAUUCGUUUCUGAUGGCAUUUUCUUUUCCUAACUUGUUCGAAAGCUUGAACUCGUCACUAAGUAUUUUCUUGUAUUACAGAAUGAGUACAAAGUACAGGCACACAUUUAAUGCUAUUUUUAAGCUAAAGGAAGUC